AUGCCAUCGGAUCCAACAUCGUUUAAUCUGCCUGAACCUUCACCAUCCGAAAUUCCCCUCUUUUCCGGCGAAAACAUAAGGGAUUGUCUUGACCAAAUAGAGCGAUCUUUCUAUUAUAAUCGCGUUCCACUCCAUAUGAGACUAUUUACUGCUUCUUUCUACUUGUCCGGCGAGGCGUUGCGGUUUCUCUACGGAUUAAUCUACGUUUCCAAGUUAACAACUUGUGAGGAUUUUGCGGAUCAGCUCAAACUCCUGUUUGGCAGAGUCAUCCGUCCGACUGUGAUGAUUAAUAUCUGGGAAGCGUCGCCUAUGAAUUGUUCAGUUACAAAGUUCGAAGAAUUCGAUGGUGAUACGGUGGAGUCCGAGACGACUUCAUUAGAGGAGGACACACGAGAGCUUAUGGUUGAUUGGCCUACUGACAACUACGUUGGGAAUUUGGAUGGAAAUGGUAACCUUUCUGUUUCUCAGAAUGAUUCAUAUGAAAAUACUGAAAUUGUUAGUCAAGGGAAUCACUUGUGUGGAACUGUUUCUAUUGGUUUAAAUGGUAAUCAUGCUGAAAUUUUGCAAAUCGAGGUUGAAAAUGGUGAUUUGCUUCAUGCUAGUUAUCUGAAUAUUUCAUCCAUUGAUAUUUCUGAGAUUAUUGGGGAUGAUGAUGAUUCGUAUGGGAAUUUGAAUGUUAGUAUUGAUAAGUCAUUGCUUUCGUUGUUUGUUGAAAUCUCGUUCCGGAAUUCGACUGUGUUCCCGGAGAGUCUAAAUAAUAGUUACGAUGGUUUGAGUUGGCACAAUAAUACAUUACUUGGCCCUAAUUCUUUUCAUGUUGAUCCUGGUAGGAUGGGAAACUAUUUUAAUGAUGAUGAUUUCAGUUAUGUCAUUGGUAUAGACUACAGUAGUAGAAAUCCACGUUGUAAUGAGAAGACGUUAGAACUUUGGCUUAAAAUGGUAUCUUGUUUCAAAAAGGGAACUAUGUUAGUUGAAAAUGCUAUGACUUGCCAAAUUAUGGAUAAUGGAAAUAUGGAAUUAGUUAGUAAAGUUGCCUAUUGUGGUAAAAGCACUUAUGGUGGAUUUGGCCAUAGCUUAUUUCAUUUGGAACCGGAGGGAAAUGCAUGUCUUGUUGAUGCUGAUUAUGUUAAAAGGGAGCAGAGGAGUGACUGUAUUAUGGUGGGCGAUAAUUGGUUGUCAAAUGGCUUGAGGUCAAGCCUUACUUUAGCUGGAGAGGAGAUACGAGUUGUUAGGUCUUAUGUUAAUGAAGCUGUGAAAUUGCUUGAUGAAGUUGGAAUUCUUUGGCUUUUGGAGCGGUAUGGUGGCCUAAAUCUAGGUGUUCUGAUUCUUGGCAAUGGAGUUAAUCAUCAAGAUCAGUGCUUGUUAGAGGUAAAUGUGUAUGUUCUCCCAGUUGGUGCUGUGUUUAUCUUCCAUGAAGUUCUUUUUUAUUGUCGCUUGUUUGGAAAUUCUUUCUGUGUGCUGAGAAAUUAUGGUUCUAUAUUGAGUACUGUAAUGCUAUGUGUUGAGUUCACCAGUGUUGAAAAUAAUGUUGUUAAUGGAAGCAGUGAUUGUUUGGUGUUUGUUUUUAUUGGGAAUUCUGAAUGUGUGAAAAGUGGUAAUGGUUCUGUGCUUUCACCUGUAGCCGAUGACCAAAAGAAGUGUGUUUUUGACACUAUGGGUCGUUGUGACACUAGAGGUCAAAUGUCUCAAAUAUGUGGAAAGAUCCAUGAUAUUGUUUGGGAUCCGGGAAUAAGAGUUAAAGAAGUGGAGUAUGAUGGAAUAUCAUAUAAGGGCGCCAACACAUGCUGGAGUAUGCUGGAAUAUCAUAUCCUAGAGUAUGCUGGAAUAUCAUAUAAGGGCGCCAACAAGGAACAGAAGUCUAAGUUCGUUAUGGUUAGUGCCAGUAAAGGCAACGAGAAUUCAGAAAUAUUGUGUGGAGUAAAAAAAUCUCCUAAGGCGGAUGUGUCUGAAAUGGAAUGGAGAGCUAAGCUGCUAGGUGCUGAAACACUACCUGGAGGCAUUCUUUUGAUAAAGAAAGAGAGUUGGCAGUUGAAUGGUUUGGUAACUCUGAGUGGAGCUGAAAUGAGUUUUAUUCCGUACCACUUCAUGAAUUUUGUUGUUGAACAGGUGUCAAAGCAGAAUACUGGUGGGACUCAUUUGCUUAAAAUUGGGAGAUGCUGGACAAAAGCAGCUCAAACCAUCUACCUUGAAGCUGAAACAGCAGGAUCAAGUUCAAAGGAAGGGAGCAAUGCAGGCUUGUAUCCGAGCUGGAUCAAAAAGGCAACAACUUUUAGAGGAGGAACAAGUCUUUUUGAUAUGAAUCUUGAGGCAAAGGUGGCAGAUUUACCUCGACGCGGAAGCUAUGAAUUUCUCAGGACUUGA